AUCGGAUGUUUUAUUUUAGAAGGCAAUGAAUUAAUGUGCAGUUCCCGCGGGCGGAGGGAUAUGAAGCUGCUGCGCUGCAGUCCCGGAGGAGCGCAAUUUGAAUAUUUUCUCCGGGCUGCCGGUACAGUCGAGUCAUGAACUGGGAAUCCGUCGCAUUUUAACACGAUUCGCUGGCUUUCUUUAAACGGGGGUGCUUUGUAUAGUCGGAUAGCGAAUGCGUGUUUUAACGGUGAGUCACUCGUCCGUUUUCUUGUUGCAUUGUUCGGGUUGCGUUCGUGGAUUCAGUCGCGUUUUAAACCCGGUUCGUUUAGCGGCGCUGCAGCUCCUCUGCCCCGGGACAAAGCGCACGACAGCCUGCCUUUGCAGUUGCUGUAAAUCGGUACGCGUCUUUGCAUUGUGUAUUUUUGCAAUUUGCAAUUUGCAAUUUGCAAUCUUGCCCUACGAGUGCGGGCGAGUCGAGAGCCAACGGGGAGGCGACACAACCCCGUCCACUCGCACAGGCCUGUCCGGCAGUGUGUCUUUCGCUGUGAGACUGAAUACAUCGCUUCCCUUGCAAAAAAAAUUCCUGUGCACUAAAAAAAACCUUUCUAUUUGAAUUACAGACGCAUUAGCAUAGCAACACGAAUCUGAAAAGCGUGCAGUGUAUUUAAUGAUUCAUUUCCACCCGCAGUGUUUGUGUUUCAAUCAGGUGUCUCUUCAUGGAGUUUCCUGGCGGCUCUUCAGGGGUCCCUGUGGGGUGCAGGGCUGCGGGUAUUGAGUUGCAGGCUGGCUUUCCCCCCGAGGGGGUCUUCCCGAAGCAGCAGGUUCUGGGGUCUCUGUCUGAAGCGAGUCGGAGCUGGGAGAUGAAGGAGAAUGGGCCGAGGCCCCGCUCCCAGCUCCAGAACCCCCCGGCCCCGAGGAGGAGGAGGAAGGAGAGGGGAGGUCUGCUGCCGCUGGACCCUGUGUCCGCGGAUCAGCUUUCAGCAGUCCCAGGAGAGAAUGGACAGAACUCUGGAGAGCAAUCUGGGGGGGGUGACGUUGCCCCUUCUUCCUCCUCCUCCCUCUCUCCGAACCAGAUCGCCCGUCUGGAUCCCACUUUCCCCAGGCUGCCGGAGGGCCUGUUCCAGCCGCUCCCCCCCAUCGACUUCGCGGAGGUGACCUCGGCUGACCUGGGCAUCGCCACCCAGAGCUUCACCCCCAGAAGGGAAGUGACAGAUAAGGCUCUUUUGAAAGUCCGGCGCCGGUCCACGAUAGGGACCAGGGGCUCCCCUGAGACCAACUACCUCAUCAAACACAUCGCCAGACAGAGACUCCUCUCCAAGCCCAACCCAGUCCCAGAGCUCGGCUCCUUCACCCCUCGCUCCUUGGCCCUGAAACACAAGAUGGCUGCCUUCAGGAGUUCUCUUUACGUUGUGGACGAGAACAAGGCUCUGAACCCCUUCGCUGGAGCACAGACCCCCAACGGGAACGCAGCGGCCGGGACGGGGGCGGGAGAGGCGCGGCCACACAGUGAGCCUCCGCCCAAGAGGACGAAAGGGGGGUCCUUCCUAGAUCUGGAACCAUCACCUGAGGGGGAGCAGCUCUGUGAGAAUACAGGAACCCCUGCACUGCUGCCCCCCAAGAGAGAGGGGGUGCUGUUUACAUCAGGGGUCCCCAGAAUCACAGAGCAGCAGGAGGAGGAGGAGGAGGAGGAGGAGGAGAAGCUCCGGGAGACGGAGGGUGAGGGACUGUGUGCCGGUGGGGGGAUCCCCUUCCCUGACCUGGGGGACGAGACCCAGCCUCUGCAGACAGAGGCUCCUCCCCUGCCCACCUGCGUUCUUCAGACUCUGAGAUGCACCGGGGAGCCCAGGAGGGUUCGGUUUGGAGCCACGCUGCACCCCGAGCUGUUUGAUCAGACCCUGCCCCCCUUGACCCCGCUGUGGAGGGGGGAAAGCCCGUGCUGGCCCGAGGAGGGGAGACGUCUGAGGCUCGAGUUCACUGAUGGACGCCCGGACGGCUGCAGCCUGCCGCAGUGUCCCAAGAGAGGAGGAGACUCUGUUCUGCUCUCUGACCCGUCGGUGGAGUCCAGCGCAUCGACUCCGCCCGCUGCUGCUGCAGCAGAGGGUCCAGCCCGGCCUCCUCCCACAGACGCUGCCACAGAGGGGGUGAAAACGCCAGGGAGGAAGAGGGUUCGGUUCGGAGGGCUGCUGAGCCCCGAGCUUUUCGACCGCACUCUGCCCCCCAACACCCCACUGUGCAGAGGGCAGACCCCCACAUGCCUGACCCCGUCCACAUGCUCCCGGCCCCGCUCCGUGCUCAAGAAGACCCCCCUGAAAUCGGACGGGCCCCCCCCGCAGCCAGACUUCGACAGCCCCAGGGAUUGUGCGACAGCGAUCCGCUCUCCUGACACUGGAAUCCUGGAUGAGACGCACAGCGAAUUCCCUCUCCAGCUUCCACCCGAACAUCCAGGGGUACAGCCAGCCACCCCCGUCGUGCCCGUCUCCGAGGAGGGACCCCCACAAUCUCAGCCCCCCACCGCAGAGCAGGACUGCGAGGUUCUGAGAAACUCGCCCCGGGCUCGCCCCGGGACGGAGAGCGUGCGGAGAUCUGGGAGAAAGAGGAAGCAGUGCGAGCCGGAGCAGCCCUGUCCCGUCAGGAAGGAGCCCCGAGCAAAGAGGAGGGGCGCGACGGGAGCCCCCGCUCCCAGGAAACUGGAGCAGGCGCUGCGAGGGAAGGUGCGCCGGGGCAGGCGAGGGGGGAAGCCCGUGGAUCGCUCCCUGUACGUGGGGAGAGACUACGCAUCUAAACCCCCGGCUCUCAGCCCCAUCACAGAGGGCCUGUGUUCUGCAGCCUGCAGCCCGGCCACUCCCACACACCAGGGGGCGCUGCGGGGACUCGCAGGAGAGGCAGCGACGGGAAGCCAGCGUGACCCCGAGAACGAAGAGAACGUCCCGCCCAGCUCCAGCGUCCUCGUGAAGAGGGGGGAGGGGGACCCCAACAUUGCUGCCCCACUGGAGAGGAUGGCAACCAGACCCGACCUCUGCAGGGAGUCUGUUCUCCAGGGACAGGAGCGCAUGGGCCCCCCCUCUGCCCGGGAAGGGGAGAGCAGCCCUGCUAGGAAUGGACUGGAUCCCAAACAGGGCUCUGGGAACGAGGGGGGAGGAGUGGGGAGGAGGGGCAGACGCAGCGCUGGGGUGAAGAAGCGUCUGGCUCUCUUGGAGAACGGGCAGCUAGGCACGGUGGCGAGCGGCAGUCUGCAGGGGGAGGUCUUGGAUGCUGCAGAGCCCAGACAGGAGGAGCAGGAGCGGGAACCAGCCCCCAGCAGCCCAGCCCAGGGCAGGAAGAGUGUGGGAGGGGCCCGGAGAAGCCGAUGCAGUGCUGUCUGGGGGCCAGAGGGACGCUGCCCACGGCCCGCACAGGACUCCACAACCUGGGAGCACACCCUGGCGUCUGGCCUGUCUGACUUCUCAGUCGAGGACGUCCUCGCUGCGCCCCACCCCUCCAUCGCAGUGAGGCGCAGCAUGAGGAACCGGCGCGACUCGGGGGCCACGGGCCUGGACUGGGUCCCCAAGGGCUCCCCUUCUCCCAGCACUGGGCUCAAGAGGAGGAGGAGGAGGAGGACCAGCUUUGGGGUCCCCCUGCAGACAGAGUGCAGCCUGGAGCAGAUAGGAUCCCCAGGAGAAGGGGGCUGCAACACAGCUGUGUAAUAUUGCUGUUGGACGUGUUUUUUUUUUAAAGGGGG